AUGGUCUGGCGUGUCUCGAUUCCAAUUUUGGACGACGAUGAGCUUCCCAUCGUACUCAGCACCCUGAAGGAGAAUGAGAAGAAACUCGGCCCAGCGACUCACCUCUCCAAGGUCUUUACAGAGGAGCCAUCUAAGGAAGCAAUCCAUAUCAUUGUGCAGAGACCAUCGCCAGACCUCGUGAUGACUUCUUUGGACAUUGUGGGACCAGUGGAUCUCAUUGGUAAGAACCAGGGCAACAGUAACAGCAACUGUGUCGGCACUGCUGUCUCUGCUGGUUCUUCCUCCUUUUCUUCUUCUCCUUCUUCAGUUAUGAGUGAUGAUGUUAACCCUUCUGGUGUCGUCUCCAUGACCUUUAAUUCUUAUUCCAGAACCACCUACGACGACGACGAGUGCAACGAGUACGACGACAAUGCUGCCUGGCAGCAUUACCCAUCACCCGAGCUCAGCGAUAGCAAUGACUGUGGUAACCAAUUCCUGAAUAGACCAGUAGCCGAAGACAGCUACAUCUUCCCAGCUUCUCCAUCACUAUCUGGUCAGAGCACUCCUUUUCUGGAUGAGGUGGGAAAAUACGAUGGCCACCCUGGCUUCCAAGAGUGCAACUUAUCCAAGUGCGCCGACUGCCUCCGUAUCAAGAGCAUGACCCAAUAUGUUACCUGUAGUCUGGCCCCCGAACACCAUCAAGACCAAGGUGAGACCGAAAUGCUUGCGCACACAUCUGGUUUGGUGCCGUCUUUGUCGGUCUUUGAUGCAGAUGUCGAUAGCCCCAUUGAGAUCCAUGGGCACCUUUUCUCUAGCUUGAGAAAUCAUCUUGAUGAUCUUGAGGGCGAUAUGACAUUUCUGUAUUGCAACAGAUAUUCGAUUAGAGAUGAGGAUGAGGAUGCACCCUAUGUGCCAAUGGAGUGGGAUGAGGAGGAAGAGGAGUCAUUGGAUGGAAUGGAGGAGGGGCCAAUGGACGGAGUAGCGGAGGAUGAAUACUACUCAAUGGACUCGUAA